AUGAGCACAACAUCAGUGAUGAUCACACCGGCAAUGAAAUCAUCGUGGCUGAUCACAGCACUAAAAAAGAACACAUCAAAGAAAAACAAAUCAGCAAAGAACAGUCAUGACUUGACAGAAUCGUUGAAUGAAUAUGUUUUUAAUUACGAUGUAUACAGUAUCAAACAUGAACAAACCAGAGAUGAACACAAUAUCCAAAAAGAACCAUUUCAAUCGAGUGCGAACAAGCCAAGUGUAAGCAAGUCUAUUGACCGGUUACAACAAUUAACAGACAUUGUGCUCACUUAUAAGCCACUACAACCAAGUGCGAUCAACUUAAAUAACACAUGCGACCAUUCAGCAAAUUCAAGCGAGGAAGAUUCAAAUAACCAGGCAUCACAACCAGAUGAUUUAGAAGAGUUCUUCGAGAAAUACGGUCCUCUGAGCUAUUGUAGAAUAGUUGUCAAUUUGAAAACACAACAUUCUCAAGGAUCUGCUAAAUUCAAUCUGCUAAAUUUUGUUAAAUUCAAGUUCAAAAAAGAUGCAGAAAAAUGUUUGCAAAGUUUUGAAGAAGAUAGAAUAAUUUUUUUGGUAACGUUAAAUAUAGCACCAAAUAUGAAUGAAUGUUAUUUUUGUGACGAUGUGGUAGACGAGGGCGGCUUAGUUAUAAUAAAAUUGUAG